UGCUGAUACACAGCGGCACACAGCAGAGAAGCACUGACAGACCUCAGGACCACCGGAGAAAGAAACACCAACAGAGACAAGAAAGAUGAGAGAAAUCGUUCACAUCCAGGCCGGACAGUGCGGGAACCAGAUCGGGACUAAGUUCUGGGAAGUGAUCAGCGAUGAGCACGGCAUCGACCCGGCAGGGAGCUACGUGGGCGACUCGUCUCUGCAGCUGGACAGAAUCAACGUCUACUACAAUGAGGCGUCCUCACAUAAAUACGUCCCCCGGGCUGUGCUGGUUGAUCUGGAACCAGGAACCAUGGACAGUGUGCGCUCAGGAGCCUUUGGACAACUUUUCAGACCAGACAACUUUAUCUUUGGUCAGACAGGUGCGGGGAACAACUGGGCCAAAGGUCACUACACAGAGGGGGCGGAGCUCGUGGACUCGGUCCUGGACAUAGUGAGGAAGGAGUGUGAGCACUGCGACUGUCUACAGGGUUUCCAGCUGACUCACUCUCUGGGAGGUGGCACCGGCUCGGGCAUGGGCACCCUGCUGAUCAGCAAGAUCAGAGAGGAGUACCCCGACCGGAUUAUGAACACCUUCAGCGUCAUGCCCUCACCCAAGGUGUCAGACACCGUGGUGGAGCCAUACAACGCCACCCUGUCGGUCCACCAGUUGGUUGAAAACACAGACGAGACCUAUUGCAUCGACAACGAGGCCCUUUAUGACAUAUGCUUCCGUACUCUUAAACUCACCACGCCCACCUACGGAGACCUCAACCACCUGGUGUCGGCCACAAUGAGCGGCGUGACGACCUCCCUGCGUUUCCCCGGGCAGCUGAACGCAGAUCUGCGCAAGCUGGCUGUCAACAUGGUGCCUUUCCCCAGACUUCACUUCUUCAUGCCGGGAUUUGCUCCUCUGACGGCACGGGGAAGCCAGCAGUAUCGAGCGCUGACCGUUCCCGAGCUCACCCAACAGAUGUUCGACGCCAGAAACAUGAUGGCGGCCUGCGACCCUCGUCACGGACGGUACCUAACCGUUGCCACCGUCUUCCGUGGCCCAAUGUCCAUGAAGGAAGUGGACGAGCAGAUGCUGAAUGUUCAGAACAAAAACAGCAGCUACUUCGUUGAGUGGAUCCCCAACAAUGUCAAGGUGGCCGUCUGCGACAUCGCCCCCCGAGGGCUCAAGAUGGCUGCUACGUUCAUCGGCAACAGCACGGCCAUCCAGGAGAUAUUCAAGCGGAUCUCUGAGCAGUUCUCGGCCAUGUUCCGCAGAAAGGCUUUCCUGCACUGGUUCACAGGCGAAGGCAUGGACGAGAUGGAGUUCACAGAGGCGGAGAGCAACAUGAACGACCUGGUGUCUGAGUACCAGCAGUACCAGGAGGCCACCGCCAACGACGGCGACGAGAACUUUGAGGACGAAGAUGACGAGAUCAUUGAGUAAGGAGAGCAAACAAAGACCUGUCAAACUCUUAGAGCCCUGGUAGAGUUACCAUGCGGUAUUCACAAACCAGUAGGACCAAGAGUGGAGGUCAAACUAGAAUUAGUGGAGUUCAGAUCGUUUAAUUUUUCAGUACUUUAGUUAGAAAAUUAUCUUUCAUUUGCCACAGCUUUGAAGAUUACAUAACUACCCUUACUACCUUCCGAGGUGCUUUAUAGACGGGUUAGAUACAGGAAUACUUUUUUUCGUGCUGCAUAGGAUUGAUAUCUUUUAAAAUAAUUUAGAAAGUAAUCGACAAACAUCCCUAAGAGAAAUAGUUGUUGGAUGUUUUCCUUAAUCUACAGAGGACAAUUUUUUUCAAUUCCAAAUAUCUACAGAGAAAUUAGAGCCCAGUCGGUUUGGGAUUUUUGAGCCUUACCAAUAUGGAUUGAAGUUAAGCACCAAAAUUGUGAGCUGAUCUUGCACCAAUGAGAUGUCGCCCAGUUCCCAAGAAGGCUGCUUACCUAAACAAAGAACUUCCUCAAAUAAAUAAUAUAAUAAUAAAAUAUUCAGUAUUGAAAUACUUUAUUUCAGACCAGUGUCUGUUCAACUGUGAUGUUCAGCUGGUUUUGCUGACAGUGGUGAGAGGAUUGUAACAAAUAGUGCCUGCCGCGGUCAGUCAGUGCCAUGCAAUACAACGCUUUUCCCUGCCCCUCUAAUCAAUCAUCAAUCAUCCUGUUUUCACAUCACGCAUCGCUCCACUCCGCUCUGUUUCAAGUACGCAUCAAGUCUGGUUUUGACGGAGAGCGCACAGAGCAUCCUGUCAAUUUCACACUAAAACACACUUGAAAGACUCCCAAUCGUAUAUUCCAUCUUUAUCAACAUUAUGUCAAAACAGGCACAGAAUGAACAGCCAAUCAUCCUCAGAAAGACAAAGCAACAUGUUUGCAUGUCUUCCCUUUAUUCCCGUGUGAUCUUGUAGUUCUCCUGUGUUCUUGUGAAACCCUGUGUUCAGCGACAUCACGCUUCAGAACCCAAUGGGGCAGCAAAGUCGUGGCCAUAGAGUACUAUGUGGAAAUUGCGGGUAAGUCAGAGUACCUUCUUCUGGACAUACUUUGUCAUAACAUCAUUUUCACCAUUAUCACCUGAAGGACUUGUUUCUGCAUUGUAUGAUCUGCAAACAGUUUUCAUUUUGGCGCUUAUAAGAUCGUGUACUGAUAUUUUUAUGAAAGGCCAACACUUUUAGCUGAGUGAUAUAUCGAUCAGGCUCUGUUUGGAAUGAUUCAUCUUUUUCCAUUUGGUAAUAAAGUGGCUCAAAGGUUAAAACAAACUUCAACAACCUGUAGCAUUUUAACACUCUGUGUAUUUUUGUCAGAGUAAAAAUACACAAAUCCCUAAUUACUUCUGAAAUUAGGGAAUCCCAAAUUGGAACAGAAAUUGUGUUCAACUUUUUCAGUAUCCUACCAAAGUCAUCUCUUCAGUCUGUCUAACUCUUCACCAUGUAGAUCUUUGUGUCUACACUUAACCUUAUCCAUUGAUCAUUUUGUUGAUGUAGCUUUAGGACCUGUUGAUCAUAUUGUUUUAAGGAAUCUCAAAAAUAAAUGCUAACCAACACACACAAUGUUUUUGUGACAGUCAAUAAAAAUGACUCGUAAUUUCAUUUAAUACCAUGAAUAUGAUGCAGAUGAUGUCACAACUCAAAUAAGGCAUGUUUGAUGAUUUUCUUUACAUGUAAGUACAGAGAUGUGCUUUUUUCACUUGACAAAAUCCUGAUCAUUACUUUUUGUACUGUUUGGUGUCCGAGUGUGUUCGUUGUUUUCUAAACAGAUUUUUGUACAUUUGAUCGGUCUAAUGUGGCUGACGAGAGCUUUCAAUAAACGUUGCUUCUUUCAAA